GAAAAGAACAAACUGUUGAUGAUCUUCUUCAUCAUCACAUACACAGAUUCAUUAGAACCAUCAUCAAUAGCGGGCAAGAGGCGCAGUGCUUGAAAACAUAUCGGGUCGUUAUUCUAUUAGUAGCUUCUGUGUCUCGGCCGGUUUCAGUUGAUGGUUUGUUUUGUGGUUCGCUAGCUGUUUAUUGGAAUUGAUAGUGGCGGUGUCACCGUAGUGUUACUUUUUGUUUUGUUUUUAUUGUGUGAUUGGAAAAAUUAUAACAACAACGAAAACAACAACUCUGUGGAUAGUUGAACAUCUCUUUCUCUAGUUGAAUGAACGUAGCAAUAAAUUGUUGUGAGUGUGCACACAAAUUGAAUGGAUAAACAAAAACAAAACAUUUGAGCACGAUGUCAAUAACCAUCAUCUGUUUGUAUAUCAUCUUCGGAAUGUUCAUUUACCUGUUCUUCCACUACAAAUUCUUGAAAAUACUAGAAAACACUUCGGUACGUAAUCUCUUCGUAGCCAGCAAAACCAGUAACAAAGGUGGCAUUUGGUCGAUACCCGGACCGAUUUCCAUACCAUUCGUCGGCACCAAGUGGAUAUUUCUGUGGAAGUACAAAAUGUCCCAGAUCCACAGAGCUUAUGAAGACCUUCACAAGCGUUACGGGCCAAUUGCCUUAGAGGUAACACCGAGUGGCAUUCCAAUCGUUCACUUGUUCGUCAGACAAGAUAUCGAAAGAGUGUUGAGAUAUCCCAGCAAAUAUCCGUUCAGACCACCCGUCGAAAUUGUAGCACAUUAUCGACAGAGUCGUCCAGAUCGGUAUGCAAGUGGUGGCAUUGUAAAUGAGCAGGGUGAACAGUGGCACAAUCUUCGACGCCUCACAACGUCUCACAUAACCAGUCCGAGGAUAGUGCAGGCAAUUCUACCAACUCUAAACGUAAUUUGCGAUGAUUUCAUCGACAUGCUGAAAUCGAAACGUUCCAACGACUGCAUCAUAGAGAACUUCCAGGAUUAUGCGAAUUUGAUGGGUCUGGAAGCUGUGUGCACUCUGAUGCUCGGCAGACGUAUGGGCUUUUUGUCGACGAAUCCGUCAGAGAAGGCUCGUAUUUUAGCUGCCGCCGUCAAGGAAUUGUUUGCCAUGCAACGUGACUCGUACUACGGAUUCGGUCUAUGGAAAUACUUUCCAACGCAAACGUACCGCAAUUUUGUACGCUGCGAGGAGACUAUUUAUAACAUUGUGUCGGAAAUUGUGGACACAACGAUUGCACAUGAAACGGUCGAGUGUGGCGAUGACGAUGUAAAAUGUGUGUUCUACAAACUGAUGCAGGAGAAGGAUCUGGAUAUUCGAGAGAAAAAGUCGGCCAUCAUUGACUUCAUUUCUGCUGGUAUUGAAACGCUGGCAAAUACUUUGGCCUUCAUAUUGUACUACAUCACCAGAGAUCCCACUGUUCAGGUUCAAAUAAGGGACGAGAUUUCUAGCUGUGAUAACGAUUUCUCGAGAGCCUAUUUCACCAAAGCAUGCAUACAAGAAGUCUUCAGACUAACACCUACGGCAUUCUGUCUGGCACGUCUAUUGGAGGAAGACACAACAUUGUCAGGCUUUGAUAUGAAAGCCGGUUCGGUCGUCUUGUGCCACACAAUGAUAGCAUGCAACGAAGAGUCAAAUUUUUCGAAUGCCAAGAAAUUCGAUCCGGAACGUUGGAUGGAUUCGGAAAACAAACGAGCAAAACAGGAUGUUGGCUCGUCGUUAGUAGUGCCAUUUGGUGCGGGAAAGCGAACAUGUCCGGGGAAACGGUUCGUUGAAUUGGAAUUGAUGGUUCUACUGUCGAAGCAUAGUGAACUAAAUGAGUCCAACCAACCAACUCAAUUAUCCUAAAAGUCUGGAAAAGAACGCAAUAAAAUGUGAAAAUCACUCAAAAUCCUGAAGGUCUGGGACUGGGAAUACGAGGGACGAUUUAGAGUGAAGGAAUUUUAGGAACUAACCUCCCACCAGCUCAAUAAACUCAAAAGUUCAGAAGGAACCCGAAAAAACAUC